AUGUCCUUUUUUUCACAUAACGAAUAUAUCCAAGAAGGCGAUCUGGUGCUGGCAUGGAUGAACCGCUCUAAUAUCCGGCCACUCACAGUGACCCGCGGUGAAACCCUCCAUACGCAAUAUGGUUCGUUCCCGCACGAUACCCUCAUUGGCGUCAAGUAUGGCACCCAAGUCGGUAGUACCGCCGGGGCUUCUGGUGGUCAUGAUGCGCAGCGUGGACCCUCCUCGCGUGGUCAUGGUUCUGCUGCAGGAUUUAUCCACGUUCUUGCGCCUACUCCAGAGCUUUGGUCACUGUCUCUGCGCCACCGUACUCAGAUUGUUUACACUCCGGAUGCUUCCUACAUUGUGCACAGACUGCGUGUGCGCCCAGGGUCUCGCGUGCUCGAAGCCGGUACAGGAUCUGGGUCGUUUACCCAUGCACUCUCUCGUACUGUUAGUAGCUCAGGCCAGCUGUUUACAUAUGAGUUUCAUGGCCCGCGAUACGAGGAGGCAUUGCAAGAAGUUGCUGCGGACGGAAUCAACCUUAACACGGUUAUCACGCACCGCGAUGUGUGUGCUGAGGGAUUCGAUAACCCUACCAUAGCUAAUUCGCAACGUCCAGAUCAUGUUAUUUCGCAGUUACGUGCGCUUAACAAGGUGGGUGUAGAAACCCCUGUUGAAGGACUUAAUCUUCAAGCCAAUGCUGUGUUUUUGGAUCUGCCUUCGCCAUGGCUUGCCAUUCCUCACUUGUCGCGAGUUUUGGAUACCUCCAAGCAAGCCCAUAUUUGCUGUUUUUCACCAUGCAUCGAGCAAGUUGCUCGUGCUGUGGAGACGCUUAAAAAGUAUGGCUGGAAGAAAAUUGAAAUGGUGGAAGUGAGCGCCAAACGUUGGGAGGGCCAUAAGGAGAUGGUCAAGAGUGUUGGUGAUGCUGUCGAGCGGUUACGUGAUAUUAAGCGCAGACGAGUUCUUGGGCUUCGCAAACGUAACGAGCGCAUUGCUCGGGAGCGUGUUCAAGAUCAGCAGAAUGGAACUUCCGAGGAGACUUUUGUUGCUUCUACUGCAGGUGAUUCGGCAGCCGGUGGAGAAUCAACACCAGCCGCAGAUGACGAGGAAGAAGGUGGGAAUGAUCAACAACAACAGUCUACAGAACUUAAGCACAAAAAGGGUCCCACGGAAAAAUACCGUGGCUUUAAUCCUUGGGGUAAAGGCCAGCGGAUCCGUGAAGGUGAUGAACGCUUCUCGUGGCUCGAUGUGUCUCGUGUUGAACCUGAAAUCAAGAGUCAUACGUCUUACCUGACGUUUGCUAUUCUUCCUCCAGUUAUGCCGGAGCAUCUUUUCAAUGCUGAUGGAAUAGUUAUUUCUUCAUUGCCUGUUUCUACUGAAUCUGCUUCUGAGCCUGCUACUGUUGCUACUCCAACUGUUGAUAAUGUUAAAGUUGAAACUACCUCUACAUAA